CCUGGGGGCCAUCUCGGUCCUUGCAUUCAGGCCCAGCACCAGAGAUGGAGUAGUCCUCCAUCAGAAACGGUGGACUGUUGGCCAAACUGUGAAGACUAGCAGCGGCCCUGUCCAAGGCCAUGCCGCCUUGAACUUCACUGAAGUCUCAGAGUAUCUGGGAAUCCCGUAUGCUCAACCCCCCGUGGGAAAGCUUCGAUUCCAGCCCCCAGUCGAAUACAAUGGAAAUACCACCAUCGUCGCAGGCGCAUUUGGCCCUUCGUGCUUGGGGUCGAACAUUACUAGCGGUGAUACAGAUCCUGACGCCUUUGCCAACAUCACUAUUACAGAGGUGGCUAUGCAGCUUCUCGAGGAAAUGACUUACCCCAAUCAGAGCGAGGACUGUCUGAGCUUGAAUAUCUGGACCAAGCCUCAGUCUGGCGAGGCCAAGAAAGCCGUCUUGGUCUGGAUCCACGGGGGCGCAUACACCUCUGGGGGUUCAAACUCGGUUUGGUACAACGGGCAGGCCUUCGUUGAGAAGGAAGAUGUCAUUGUUGUGUCGUUGAAUUAUCGACUAUCGAUUUUUGGCUUCCCUGGGAAUCCCACCACCAGGGCGAAUCUCGGACUCCUAGACCAGCGACUAGCGGUUGAAUGGGUGCGAGACAACAUUGCCGCGUUCGGUGGUGAUACCGACCGAAUCGCGCUUUUCGGCCAGUCAGCCGGCGGAGGGUCGUCCGACUUCUAUUCCUAUGCUUGGACCGAUGACCCAAUCGUCCACGGCUUCAUCCUCAUGAGUGGCACAGUCGGGUUGGGCACGCUGUCCAAUGAAACAGCCAACUCGUUGUGGUUUAACUCAACCACGGCCGUUGGUUGUGGCGGAGCAUCCGACGAUCACGACAAAGUCCACGAAUGCAUGAUGACCAAGUCAGGGGCCGAGAUCUCUGCCAAACUCCCCGCCAACACGGACAAGGACCUUCCACUGCUCUUCAGUCCGACCGUUGACGAGCAGGUAGUCUUCUCCAACUACUCGGGCCGCAAGCCCAUCGCAGCACCGGUCCUCGUAGGCAACACCGACUUCGAAGCCGGCCUCUACCGGCUGCUGGCCCCGCAGCUACCCGAAUCCGCGCUGCCGGAUCUGAACUCGGUGACAUUCGUCUGCCCUGCCGCACAGCGUGCUGCCGAUUCGGUGCUGCAGGGGAACCCGACCUGGAGGUAUCGCUACUUCGGCGACUUCCCCAACCUGGAGCUGACAACCGACCCGCCCAGCGGGGCGUGGCAUGGAUCCGAUGUUCCCGUCCUCUUCAACGCAACCCCGACCGAAAUCAUGCCCGACACCCCGGAGGAGCAGGCCGUCGGGGCGUACCUGCGCGGCGCGUGGGCCGCCUUCGCAAAGGACCCCGUCAACGGCCUGUCCACGUACGGCGACGGCGGCUGGCCGCGCUACUCGACGAACGAGUCGACGCUCGUCCGCCUGGCGUACCACAACCGGGUCGGCCCGAACCUGGGUAUCGGGAAUGAGUACGACUUCAACUGUACCGGCAUUCCCAUGGUGAUCAGUCCGGCCAAUGGCUCGACGCCGACUACCUCCUCUGGGGCGCCCGUUCCUACGACUACCAGCAAUUCUAGUGGUCGAGUUGGGCCUGCGAUGGGCCUUGUUCUUGGUGUAUUUGCCGUUUUGGGGAUCUUCCUUUGAAAGAUCGCUGUACUUAUGUAGCUUUGUCGGAGGAACGGUGAAAGGGGUGUGGGUGGAAUAGGGGCUGCGGACAGAUUCUCAACCAUAAUACUCCACUGAUGAAUUCGA